AUGAUACUACUAGACCAAGAGAUGAGCUCAUCUAACGCCACCAUCGCCAUGCCACUGGUAAACAACACCGGCGCACCGGCCCUUGCAAUGCUAGCCCCCAUGGCUGCCACCUUCCUGCUCGUCGUGGCGCUAUGGCGGCACCGGAGCAAGACCGCCGUAUCCGAGGGCGGCACUAUCGUCGGGCGCGGGCUGCCGCCGGCUCCUCCUGGAUUGCCGGUGGUGGGCAACAUGCACCAGAUGCUCGCGAACAAGCCCGUCUUCCGGUGGUUGCACCGCCUAGUAAAGCAUUCCGGUGGGGAGAUCCUGCGUGUGCGCCUCGGUCCCGUGAACGUCGUCGUCGUGACGUGCCCCGAGAUGGCCCGGGAGGUGCUGCGCAAGAACGACGCCGUGUUCGCCGACCGACCCACCACGUUCGCCGCCGAGUCCUUCAGCGUCGGGUACCGCAGCGUCAGCAUCUCCCCCUACGGCGACCAGUGGAGGAAGAUGCGGCGCGUGCUCACCGCUGAGAUCCUCUCCCCGGCCACCGAGCGCCGCCUCCGCCGCACGCGAGAGGACGAGGCUGACCACCUCCUUCGCUACGUUCAUGCCCAGUGCGCAGCAGACACCGGCGGCGGCGUCAUCGACGUGCGCCACGUGGCCAGGCACUUCUGCGGCAACGUCAUCCGGAGGCUCACCUUCGGGCGUCGGCAUUUCCGCUGUCCGGCUGUCGCCGUGGCGGGGCCGGAUCCAGACGAGGUGGAGCACGUGGACGCGCUGUUCGCCGUGCUCAGCUACCUGGACGCCUUCUGCGUCUCCGACUACUUCCCGGCGCUGGUCGGCCUCGACCUGGACGGCCACGAGAAGGUCAUCAGGGACGUGAUGAGGACGCUGAAUCGGCUGCACGACCCCGUCAUCGAGGAGAGGGUGGAGGAGUGGCGACUGCUGCGGAAAGCCGGCGAGCGGAGGGACAUCGUCGACUUCCUUGACGUGCUCGCCUCGCUUGACGGCGGGGCUGGAAGACCACUGCUCACGGUCCAAGAGAUCAAGUCACAGGCCAUUGACAUCAUGAUCGCCAGCGUGGACAACCCAUCGAACGCAGUGGAGUGGGCGCUCGCGGAGAUGGCGAACAAGCCGGAGAUCAUGCGGAAGGCCAUGGCGGAGCUCGACGGCGUCGUGGGGCGGGACCGGCUGGUCCAGGAGCCCGACCUCCGCGGCCUGAACUACCUCAAGGCGUGCAUCCGGGAGGCCUUCCGCCUCCACCCGUACCACCCCUUCAACCCGCCUCGCGUCGCCAUGGCCGACACCACCGUCGCCGGCUACUCGAUCCCCAGGGGCAGCCAGGUGAUCCUCAGCCGCGUCGGCCUCGGCCGGAACCCCAAGGUGUGGGACGACCCGCUCGAGUUCCGGCCGGAGCGGCACCUGCUUGCCGCCGAUGACGACGCCGUCGUGGGGCUCGGCGAGCCGGAGCUGCGGUUCGUGUCGUUCAGCACCGGGAGGCGGGGCUGCCCUGGGAUCUCGCUGGGCACCAUCAUCACCUUGACGCUGCUUGCGCGGCUCCUGCAGGGCUUCACCUGGAGCAAGCCGCCCGGCGUCGACAGGGUGGAGCUGCGAGAGGCGGAGACGAGCCUCGUGAUGGCCCAGCCGCUGCGUCUGCAUGCUAGGCCACGCUUGCCUGCUCAUCUCUACGAGGCCAAGCACGACUGAGAAGUGUAGAAGGUGAAGGGAUAACAGAAGCUGCCGUGCACGCGGGAGCACGUGUUCGAUCUCCUGUAAAUAUCUGCAAUAAACGUCGCCCUACCCAAAAGCUAACCUUU